AUGAAUUUCCAGUACAACUGUGUUGAGUGCAGUUUUCAGUAUGUAGUAUGCAGACCACAUCAGUUGCGCUACAACAUGAAUUUCCAGUACAACUGUGUUGAGUGCAGUUUUCAGUAUGUAGUAUGCAGACCACAUCAGUUGCGCUACAACAUGAAUUUCCAGUACAACUGUGUUGAGUGCAGUUUUCAGUAUGUAGUAUGCAGACCACAUCAGUUGCGCUACAACAUGAAUUUCCAGUACAACUGUGUUGAGUGCAGUUUUCAGUAUGUAGUAUGCAGUAUUUCAGUAUGCAGACCACAUCAGGUGCGCUACAACAUGUAUUUCCAGUACAACUGUGUUGAGUGCAGUUUUCAGUAUGUAGUAUGCAGUAUUGCAGUAUGCAGACCACAUCAGGUGCGCUACAACAUGUAUUUCCAGUACAACUGUGUUGAGUGCAGUUUUCAGUAUGCAGUAUGCAGACCACAUCAGGUGCGCUACGACAUGCAUUUCCAGUACAACUGUGUUGAGUGCAGUUUUCAGUAUGUAGUAUGCAGUAUUGCAGUAUGCAGACCACAUCAGUUGCGCUACAACAUGUAUUUCCAGUACAACUGUGUUGAGUGCAGUUUUCAGUAUGCAGUAUGCAGACCACAUCAGGUGCGCUACGACAUGCAUUUCCAGUACAACUGUGUUGAGUGCAGUUUUCAGUAUGCAGUAUGCAGACCACAUCAGGUGCGCUACGACAUGCAUUUCCAGUACAACUGUGUUGAGUGCAGUUUUCAGUAUGCAGUAUGCAGACCACAUCAGGUGCGCUACAACAUGCAUUUCCAGUACAACUGUGUUGAGUGCAGUUUUCAGUAA